GCUCUACAAAAGUGUUCAGGCGUAGAUUUCAUGAACCACCGCAUCAGCCGGCGAUUUCCACCGAGAAAUCCUCAAUCACGGCGAGUUCCAGUCCUAGCAACGAGUUCCAGGCUCCGGCGCUCCAUCGCUAGUUCUGUCUUCUGGUUGGAUUACAGGGUACACGGUGACAUUUAGAUUGUAAUUGUGAUUACGAUGUCAAAGGAGAAGCCAAUGUCGGAUUAAUUAUCCCUGAUUUGGUUGUAAAAUGGCGGAGCCGUUGACUAUUUCAAAUGCAAAGUUUACGUAUGUACAUGAUGAUGGUAAGUUUCUCCCGUCCCACGCUGUCGACACUCAUCAUAUUGUUGCUCGGAGAAGUGUUGUGAAGCCAAUUGCCAUAUACCUGUUUGUGGUGCUUCUUGUAGCAUAUGCUGCCUUUCUCCAUUUCAAAAAGGGGAAACCAGUCACAACUGUUAUCUGGAGCGUAUUUUUUGGUGCCGUCCUGAUCAAAUUGCUUAUAUGGAGUUCGAUUGUGAAAGAAUCUGUCAUAAUUAUGCCGGCGUUUGGAGUCCAGCUUGAAACUCGUUACGGAAGUGGAAGGAUAAACCGGUGCUUUAUUCCGGUAAGCAAGAUUCUUAAACCCGUGCUGAAUGAAUGCGUUACCCCAGUUACUUGUUGUUGGUGCCUAUCUCUCAUAGUACACGAGAAAGAUGAGCUUACCCUCGUUUUCAAGGAAUUCCGUCCGCCCUUGAAAAUGUUAGUACCCAUCUGGAAAGCUUUAUGUGCUGCCACCGAUCAUCAAGAAAGCUCCGAGCCAUUUCGAGAAGAUGGGUAAGUUACCGAGCAUAAGGAACUUGGGGAAAUUGACAUUUGGUUCUAUUGACGGAAUCACACCAGCUUGGAUGCCUCGGUGUGAAAUCACUUUCUUUCGUUAUAAAGUGCGUCAAAUCAUGAACGAGUUCUUGAAUCAAGAUAUGCAUCGGAAUUCUUGCAUGAUGUUUUGUACUCUAAAACAAGAACCCAAAGAGACGAAAAAAAGGGUGUCGCUUUAUCUGCUUUGUUGUUCGAAGGGAUAUACCGGGUUGGUUUGUUUGUUUGGUUUGGCUUAAUGUUAAAAGGUGUUCUUAUGUACAUGGGAAAGAUUGCUUGUUAUACCUUAGAAGAUGAUUUAUGCAAUCAAUUCCUUGCUAU